UGUGUAAUCUGUAGUAUGCUCUCUGGUAGAUAUUUCAAAAAUCUAUUCUUCUAAUCUCUGUAAUUUAAAUAAUUAAAUUACCUAAAACUUUGAAAUGAAUUUAAAUAUAAUUAUUUUAAUACAAGAAAAAUGAAUGAAUCUCAAAAUUUUGUUGUUUUGUCAAGUUCUGCCGAAAGUAUUAAUAAUCAUUCGUUGGUUAUGGAUUUUGUAACAUAUGAAUCCCUUAUAACGACUACAAAAGCGGCUUUGACUGCUAAUAUCGAAAGGGGUAGAAAUAAUUCCAUUUUUUUAAAUAAUUUCACCUCACUUUUAGAAGAUUGUGGAGCGUGCAUUUCUCAGAGUUUGUGUAUGGCUGUGGACUUGCUUUUGGAUCCAAAUAUAACACUAAACAAGUUAAUUGACUGCUUAGAUGAUGCUGUAUGUAUAAUACAGAUGUUGUCCAACUUUUUAAAGAAGGUUGUUGAGUCUGUUUCUAUAUCAUGUUGUUCUAUGAAAAUACUCCCAACUACCACAGGCCAUAUUCUAAUGAAUGUUUUUACUCAUUGUAAAGAGAGUGAAUCCAUCUAUGGAAGUUAUUUAAGCAAAGUAGAGAAGCAGUUAAAAGACUUGUUUCGGACUUGUCAUGAACUUCAACUUACAUAUUUAAUGUUACUAGAAAAACAUUUUGUAUUCGAUUUGACUGAAACAGAUGAACAGGAAAUACUUAUUGAAGCAUUACAGAUAAAUUUGAAGAUAGGAGACAUUGUACAAAGCUUAGAUGUGAAGACUAUGGCAGAACAAUGGAAGGGUUUCACCAUGAUUUGUGAGAAGUAUUCCAAUUAUCUUAUGGAUAAGAAUAUUUACAAUGAUUGUACAAAAAUACUUUGUUCAAUGAUUACAAAUAAUAUUAGUAAUGCAUUAGAAUUACAGAUGCAACAAGAUGAGAAAGUAAUUGUGAGAUCAUUAAAAGUGACCAGUUUUAUAAUAAAAAUACUCUUAAAAGUUACACAUAUUUUUAAAUAUGCCACAGCUAGAAACAUUGAUCAUAUAGUUGAAUUGAUGAUUUACAUUUAUUUACAUACCGAGUCAUAUUUGGAAUUAGUGGGAACAAAAUCACUUCAGUUUAUGCAUUUAAUCAGGAGCAAUGUUUUAAAUCCUGCAGACAGUUUACUAAAAGAACUGAUAUCACAUGAAACAUUUAUGAGUUAUAUGUUUAAUUAUAACGUGAACGUGAUAAAAGAGGAUGACAAACUAAUUGGAUAUAUAAUUCUUUUAAUAACCAUUAUUAAUAUUACUCUGCAAAAUCCUCAGAAAUAUACUUUUUCUAAACGGAAGUUGCUCAUGUGUGUUUUUGAUGUGGUGUCUCAUUGUCACGUUUGGUUCAACAUUGGUCUGAAAUUUAAAAGGACGAGCAAUUCUGAUAAUUCACAAUAUACAUGCGGAUUGUAUGAAUAUCUCCUUACUCAUGCAACAGCAAUUAUGGUCACCCUCAGUUCGGAGGAGAUAAAUAUUGUCAAGGAAUAUAUGUAUGAAAUACUGCUUAGUACGGAUUGUUACCGCGCACUUUUUAUAUCAAAUCUAUGGAUUUUAUUAUCUAGAAUGCACGAUCUCGAACUAAAUGAGUUAGUAGUGUUAUGUGGAGUGUAUCAGAAAUUAGAAACGAAUGCAUUAUUUCCGAACUCCCCUCAACAAGUUCAUUUGAGUUACACAAUGAGCCAAUUAUUCAAGACAAUGUCUAAUGAUGAUAAAUUGAAGCUGUAUAAACAAUUUAGUCCAAUAUUAGACGAAAGGAAUAUAUCAUUAUGGAUUGCCCUUAGAAUUGAGAAUUUGCCUGUGGAUUUACAAUGCCGGGCCCAGGAAGAAGUGAUAGAAAAAUGUAAACUGUUGCUGGAUUUACUGUUUAAUGGGCGCAUGCGUGUUCAAGCUGAAGUAUUUUUUUUGGCAAAAGUAAUGAAACUAGCAGCUACUUGUUCUGUAAUUACUGAUGUUUCAAUGAAAAACAGCAUUUUUAAAGCAUGGGCCAAAGGGUGCCCAAACUAUAAUGUUAAUCUUUUAAAAGAUUUGGACAAAAGUAAAAUUUGGUACCUGAAAUAUAUUGAAGCAUUGACUCUCCUAACAAUUUGUGCAAAGGAUAUUGUACUUGAUAGUAAUCAGGAUUUGAUUAAGGUACUCCAUGUGAUCUCAUGUAUCAUUCAGAAUGGGUAUGCCGAAAUAAAGUUAUUAUUGAUUGAGCUAUUAUGUAUAUUAACAAAUCAUACUGAGCAAGAUGAGCACACAUAUAACGUGGAUUGCACGAUAAUUGAAACAUUCAAGUGUUUAUUUCAAGAUUCUAAUGUAGUCGUGCGGAAUAAGUUAUUUAGAACAUUAAGUCAUUAUGCCCAACAUUCGAACUUAGAAGAAAUUGUGUCUUUAGCAAUUAGAGAAAAUCAUUCAUUAAUGGAAAUCUGGAGGCAAUUUGUAGAGCAUGGAACACUGAAAAAGUAUGAUUAUAAUGAUCUAAAACAACAAUUAAUGGCGACGAAAGAUUUUAAACAUACUCAUAUAUGUUUGCAUAAUAAUGUUAAAUCAACACAGGCAGUUUGCAAAACUUCUUCUAGUGGUAAUUUUGAAUUUGCGGAUGUAGAUACAUUCUUUAAUGAAAGUGACACUGAACCAGUGUGUAAAAAAGCUAAAUUAAAUACAAGUGAGCUCGAAGACAUAAUAUGUAGGCUAGAAAUGGAUACUACACUAUUGUGUAAAUUGAAAGAAAAUAUAACCGAAUUUGAACAAACAGAAAGAAUAAAAAAUAUAUGUGACAAGUUAAAAAAAUUUACUGGUUUAAAAUAAUAUUUCUUUGUUAAAUACAA